UCAGUCCUAUAGGCCCGCAAAUAUGGGGAUAUUCCUCAUCUGAAUCUUCCAUGUGCACGCCUUCAACACUGUAGAACAAUGGCCGACUGUGUGUUCAAAUACUUCGCAAUUUGAUUUUUGGGAGGUUAUGGUUCUGUAAGUGAAGUUUGGGAUUGUGAAAGAGAAGGAUGGCCGAUUGUUGUUCACAUACUUUUAAUUCGAUUUCGGGGUUUAGGGUUCUUGAUUUGAAUUUAGGGAUCAAACGAGUUGGGAAAGAUGCAUUCUCACAGUGGUAGGGCUCUUUGCGAUCAGGGCAAGAAAAUGAAAGAGAAAUUAAGUUUUGAUUUCGUUAAGCCUUGAGUGGAGAAAUGGUGAAAUUGUGUGUAGUUAAAUGAAUUUUAAUUUUGCUGAUGUGGAACCUGAGUUGGGACUUGUCAUACCACUUGAAGAAUUUAACCAGUUAGAUCAUUUUACCAUCAUCCAUGUAGGCUCGUCCAUUAACGGUUCUAAUCAGGUGAGUGACGGGAUUGAAUGGAUCAAAGUUAAGUGGUCAAUGAGACAAUUGAUGAAGUUCAAUGAGUAAGCCGUGACAUGGUGUAAAAUUUAAUGGCCAAUGAAAUAUUUAACUCAAGACACAAACAUAAGUUUAGUAAUUAUUGGGACAAUUAACUUAAGAUUUUCUUUUCUUUAAUUUUUUGGUUUUAUUUUCAUCUCUCGGUACUUCGUUCGUGGGUAGUAAGAAAAGAAGAAGAUGAUGCUUGCUGUCAACAUGGUGGACAGUCCACCCUCACAAAUGAAGGGGCUCACUAUUUUUGAUAAAUGAUGGGGCUGUUUAACCAUUUUUAUCCAAAAAGUUCACAUAGUUGGCUCACAUGACCAGAGUUCUACCAAUAGUUCAGAAUUUAGAAAUUAAAGCAACACCCAACAAGAUCCAGUCUACAAUUGAUCGCCACCACCGCUAGAAUGGCGACGGCCGGUGGAGCCACCAAGAAAACCACAAAGAAACGGAGAAAGACUGCCAGAAGAUUCAAAUCCAAACUCAUCGAACCCGAAACCACUCUCCUUCCCUCCAACUCCGCCACCGGCAACCGCGACAAAUACCUUUCAAAGCUGAUCCCCCUCCUCAUCUCCACCACCUCCGCCGCUCACUCUUUCCUCCUCUGCCAUGACCUACACCUCCUCCCUUCCCAAUCUCUCACCUUGGAAUCCCUUCUCUCCUCCACCGCCAUUUCGCUUACUGACCUCCAUUCUCUCCUCUCCUUCCCAUUACCACCCACCCCACCACCACCACUACCACCGUCACCGGGGCAAGAAAAUUGGUUCCACCGAUUUUUGUCCUCUCCUGAUUAUGAUCCGAGGUGGGUUCAAUUUUUCAAUCUCUCUAAGCCUUCAUUUACUCUCCUUCUUCGGCUUCUUAGUCCUUCUUUGACAUCCCUCCACCAUUUGCCACCCAAUGCUGCAGUCGCCGCCACACUCUUCCGCCUGGCUCACGCUGCCCCCUUCUCUGCAAUCUCACGCCGCUUCUCUAUUGACUCCCCUACCGCCUGCCGGGCUUUUUAUGUUGUCUGUAAGGCCAUUGUGGAUCAUCUUGGCCAUUUAUUUGAGUUCAAUUCUGAUAUCAAUAGGAUUAUAGUCGGGUUUGGCUGGAUUUCCUUGCCUAAUUGUUGUGGAGUUUUGGGAAUUGAGAAAUUCGAAUUGGAAGGGCAUUCCAUGGAUGAAAGUGGGUGUUUGUUAGUUCAGGCUUUAGUGGACUCUGAAGGGAGGUUCUUGGAUGUGUCAGCUGGAUGGCCUGGUGGUGAGAAACCAGAAGACAUAUUGAAAAAAUCUAAGCUUUUUGCAGGGGUUGAGGAUUCGAAGGAGUACUUAAAUGGACCGCCAUUUGAGCUAAACAAUAGGAAUUCAAUCCCACAAUAUAUUUUGGGCAAUUCAUAUUACCCCCUUUUACCUUGGCUUUUGACGCCCUUUACUGAGAAGAAUGGGGAGUUGAGUUCUACCGAAUUGGCAUUUAAUAAGGUGCACGGUAGAAGUAUGGAGUUGGUUGAGACGGCAUUUGCGAAAGUGAAGAAAAGGUGGAAAGUUUUGGGGAAGAAAUGGAAGGAGCAAUGCGUUGAGGCUUUUCCAUUUGUUAUUGUUUCUUGUUGUUUGCUUCACAAUUUUCUUAUCAAGUGCAGUGAAGUAAUGCCCGAUGAAAAUGUGGAGCUUCGGAGGAAUAUAGAGCUCCCCGAAUUUGAUGGAGAGGAUGAUGAGAGUGGGAAGAGGACGCGGGAUGCCCUUGCUUCGCACUUGAGUCGAGUGAAUCAGAGAGUAUGAAUGUUGUUAUUAAAUGUAAACUUUGUAACUCCAAUCUUUUACCUCUAUGUAGCUCUUGUUUUUCUAUAUAUGUUAGAGCAGUUUUUGAA